AUGUCUACAGAGAGCCAAAACAUUCCACAGAACCCCGUGACGCCUAUAGCCAUCAAAGGCCCCGCCCCCAGACCAACUUUGCCUUUGCCGUCGCCAGAAGCGACUCCGGAGGUCGAAGAUGGUAGGAUCCAGGCUGAACGAAGGAGAACCGCUGCUACAGCGCAGCAGCUUCCCGAUGUUCCCGCGGGCAGCACGGGCAACAUGGACGUAGACAAAGCUACUCAGCCCCAAAGUGGCGCCGGUGCACACGUCGGCGAGGUUCCAGCGCAGAUUCAGCGCAUUCUUGGUUGCGCCGAUGAUUCCUAUGCGGAAAUCCUGGAAGUCAGACCGGACGCUACGGAAAAGGAGACGGCGAUCGCCUGGAGACGCUUGGGGUGCCUUCUGCACGCGAGUGUCACUGAUCAUCAGAAUGCUGACAAGGCUUUUCACAAACUUCAUGUGGCGGCCCAAGAGCUGAGCGUGAACCACCUCGAAAUAGACGAAGUGGUCAACUGGGACGGCGAGAAGCUUCCAGACCUAGAAGAUGAAUCCCCGAUGGAAGUUGAUCCCAUUCCCGUUCCACCGCAAGCGGGAAAUCCUGACGAUCCGGUCGCGCGGAAGGAGAUACACAACUUCAACAUGCUGAUCUCUGACUUCAACGCAGCAGAGAAGGAAGCUUCAGGUGCUGAUGAUUCUGACAUAUCUCCAGACCGCUGGUGUAUUUCUCUACAGUUUUUCGGCACCCAUUUCAACCUCGUCCGGGAUAAUUACAAGAUCCUUCUAAAUGACAGAUCGAACCAAGAAGCCAGGGAUGUCAUCGCUGCCGAAAAGAAAACUGGAGAGUCCUGCAUGCGGUGUUUAUUUGCAGGUACAGGAAACGGAGCUGAGGUGGCCAAAGCCAAGAGACUUGCUGAAAGUCAGGCCGUCAUCCAAUACCUGUGGCCCACAGCCCAGGCGGCUGAUGGCUCCCUCAUCAUAGGUGUGCGGAAACAAGGGCAAUUUGGGCACCAGGUGUGCGUUGAGAUGCGGGAAGAAGACGGACGAGUCAUUCGCCGUCUUCAGUCAGCGUCUGAAGCUGGACUCCUGGAGGUGGAAAGGUACCGUCAAAUAGAUGGCUACAAGAAUCUGGCGGAAGGCCAAUCUCAAUGGUCUUGUGAUGAUCGCAACGACUUCGAAGAGCUCCUUUGGGUCACCGAGUCCCACAUAAAGCGCAAGAAUACUGCGGCCAGGAAGAAAAACCCCACCGCAGACUGCUGCGUCAAGUUCCGCACCAAAGGCAUUCAAAUCCUUACCGUCAGUAGCUUCAGCAUGGUCCUUGGUCGUUCGAGUGCGAGAGCCGAGAUCGAGAAGAUCUGUCGGAGAGACAACAUCGCCCCGCCUUGGGACGCCGGCUACAUCAGCGAGUAUUAUGACCCCUCAAGGCUGGAAAAGGACCCCGUUCGUCGCAGGGCUCUGCAGAAUGCUCAGGCAGCUUCUUCCGCCAAAAGACAUUUGGAUGUGCGAAAACAGGGCCUGGAUGAAGCGGCAGGCAAGACUGACCGCACGCCCGAGCAGCAGGAGGAUAGAGUCAGAGGUCUCGAAGAAGAGAUAAUGGAGAUGAAAAAGAUGAUGAUUGCACUCACAGAGAACAUAGAAAAGCUAGUGGGAUCGGCCAAGGCGUCUGCGCAGCCAAAGAAGGAGUGAGC